AUGUAUCAUCUCGGCUCGGACCUGGACCCCCAGGAGGCUCACCAGCCUGGUUUCCACUACUUAGACAAGGAUAACCACUACGCGGAGUAUUGGCUCCAUAGCCAACCACACCACCAACAUGGCCACCAGCCAUAUCCCAGUUCGGCACCUGCAGUGGCCACCACUAGCGACGAUUACUUCAGUUUUCUGGCGAAUCCGCUGCCUCCAGAACAUACAAACGAACCUCCAAUAGACCACUUCCCCUCGCUCUUCAAGCGGAAUGACGGCGACAGCUAUGUCGACACUGGCAAUCUUCAGCUUAAACCACAAAACCCAUCUGCUGGUGUUUUUCCCAACAAGAUACGGCAUCGUUCGAACUUAUCUCACUCCUAUACAAAUUCCAAUCGCUACAACCAUCCCGAGUCGACAUCGGAGCCUGAAACCUCGUUCCAGCCUGCUCAACAGUUCCAGCAACUACCGCAGUCACAUCUCCAGCAGCAUCUGCAUCAUCUCCAGCAUCUCCAGCAUCAGCAGCAACAACAGCAACAGCAGCAACAGCCACAACAUCUGCACCAGCAUCAACUGCACCAGCACCAAUCUGCGCAUCUAUCUCAUCAACAGCACCAGCAUCAACACCCGCAGCAAUCAAAAACAAUGAUGCGGCCUUCUUCUAUUCUGCGUACAAAGAAGCGCAAUCCAGGCUUUCGGAUCCAGCUCGAUAACUUGGAGUCAGGAAGCCCUCUCCAGAGAUUCCAGCUGCAGAUUCUGGCUAGUCCUCACUCCGACUCGAGUUUCGAAGUCAACUACAACCAUAUGCAAAUCUUGGGCCCCGAUGUGUACCUUCAGCAAGGAACUGGGGACAUGGACAAGGGCCAAGAAAACAUCACACCUCUCAUGAAUCCACCACAGACUACAGAACAUGGAUAUUUUGGUGCUUAUGAUACUCGAGAUGCUCCUAUCGGCGAUGGCUCUAUGCUUGGAGGAUACUUAACUGUGCCACCAGAGGCUGAUGAACAAGACCACAGAAAUCGUAAUAGUGAGAUUGACAACUACCUUAACUACCCCGUCGAUGACAUCGGUGGCUACUAUGAUUUCGACGAGAGGAAUGGGCUAGACAACGAAGCAUUCAACGGCUUUUACAACCACGAGAAUGCGCGAGCUGAUGUUAGUUUCAUGCCUCUUUUGUUCGAGAAUGGCGCUAGACCCGAUCCCGAAUCCCAAGCAGAACUCAGACCUCCUCAUUCUAAUGUUCCAACUGGCGGUGGCACGUUUCCAAAGGGCAUUCACGACGGACCUCCUAAUGGCUAUAUCCCACAACAUGCCCGAGUUAACGCAAAUCAACAAAAUGAACAAUUGGAAAGAACUCAGAAGCGUCCAGUUGUUCCCCUUCAGGAUGGCGGCCUAGACAGUCGUCAAGAGCACAUCCAGGCACCUCGCCAAGCACUUCACCAGAAUAUGCGACAGGAGCCAUUGCGGGAACCAAGUCAAGAACAACACCAGGAGUCUCGCUCAAAGCCUGUUAUUCGCCAGCCUCUUGAAGGAUCGCAUGCUUUAGAAGCGGAGGGGAACUAUAAGGAGCUGCGUCUUGGGGAACAUCAUAUUCCAGUUCAGGAAAAUAUUCAAGACGAACUUCGAACACAGGGACUGCCACGAGCAAAUAACGCGCUUUCUCCAUCUCGCCCCGAGUUGGAAAGGUCAAUUUCGGAGCCUAUUGCCACCGAAAGAUCUGUUGACAAGAAAUUAAUCAAGUUGAUGAAAAAGAAGAAGUCGCCGAAGGGAACAGUGUGUUCAAUAUGUGAUAAGUUUAUCAGUCGUGAUUUUAGUCGCCAUAUUCGUAUCCAUAACGAGGUUGGACGGUUUCAAUGUGUGUUCCCUAGGAACUACUGCAAGCAUAGGACUGGGAAGUUUAACAGACCAUACGAUUACAAGAAGCAUCUACUCAACAUGCAUUUCAACUUUGACGAACCGUCUGCGAAAACCGCACCCAAUUUGAGCGAUAAGCUUAAUAUCCCUGGACUGUGCGUGGCAUGUGGGCAAAAAUUUGUUGGUAACGACUGGCUUGACCAUCAUAUCUUGACCAAGGACCUUUCUAAGAAAUGUCCUGAGCUACAGAGGCUAGAACGGAUUUAUGGCGAAGAAUCUAAAACUGAAAAUACGGUGGAGGAGAGUGUUGAAGACAAGUUCCUUGAAGACCGGAACUCGGAUAUCAUUGAUGAGGAUUUCGAUGACUCCAAUUAA